CAUACUUGUCCUGGGAGCGUUUAAUCAUUGAAGAAUAAUAUCAGUGCAUUACCCUAUCAGUUGAAAUAAAGCGUUUUGUGGCGUUUAAAAUGAAUGUUUGGUUUUGCUUUCAGUUUAGCUAAUAUUAAGGGCUAUGUGUAGUUUCUCACAACUUUGCUAACAAAUCUUGCUACCAACGACGAAAUAAUAUUAUCUUAUCUUACACUGUUUAAGACACACGCCAACCCCGCUGUCCCCUCAUUACCACUUAGCUUAUCAAGCCACCUUAAAGGGGCAAACGCCAAUAUCCGGAAGAGAGCUGGAGUUGGAGCAUGGGUAGCUUGCUUGCGUUUUGCAUACGGAGAGGAACAUGCCCUCUCACACUGGGAAAGGAGUUUUUGGAGACAGCGUGGCUACUCACGCAAAACCACAAAUCAUGCCAGUGCAAACUGGAACACGCCUGAUCGUGUUAGUUGGCCGACGUACCGACUGAAUUCAAGGCGAUAAUUUUAUUUUCUGUUUAGGCAAUGUCUUUUGACUUCUUUGCCAGGCCCGUGAAUUUCAGUUUCGUUUGAGAGAUAACCAUCCCGUGAACGCGGUACUUUGGGGUCUUUGCUGAACACCUACCGAGCAAGCCGACAAACCAUCAACCAACUAUGGCGAUUGCUCAUGUAGCCACGGAAUACGUUUUCACGGAUUUUCUGCUUAAAGAACCAACAGAGUCGAAAAAGUACAGAGGAGUGAGAGUGGAACUGGCAGUGGAUAAACUAGUUACUUGCAUCGCAGUCGGUCUUCCUUUGCUGCUCAUUUCGCUUGCCUUUGCUCAGGAGGUGUCGGUAGGAACCCAGAUCAGCUGCUUCUCCCCCACCAACUUCUCCUGGCGCCAGGCAGCCUACGUGGACUCCUUCUGCUGGGCAGCUGUACAGCAACAGCCCCAGACCAGCGAUGACGAAGAAAAUGCGCCCCUUUGGCUACACAAGUUCUUCCCAUAUAUCCUCCUGCUGGUGGCGAUCCUCAUGUACAUACCGUCCCUGUUCUGGAGAUUCACGGCUGCACCUCACCUGUCCUCUGACUUGGCCUUCAUCAUGGAGGAGCUGGACCGUGCAUAUAACCGGGCCAUCAAGCUAGCCAAGAGCCUGGCAACCAACGAGGUCUGUGACCUUGGCUCCACUCCUGUUGAAUCAAACAGUGCCUGGGACCUCACCGAAGCCUGCUUCAAGUACCCUUUAGUGGAGCAGUACCUCAAGACUAAGAGGCGCUCGAAGAGCUUGGUCGUGAAGUACCUCCUGUGCCGAGGCCUGACCCUGGUCAUCCUCCUGCUGGCCUGCCUCUACUUGGGCUACUAUAUCAGCCUGGUGUCCGUCACGGACGAGUUCACCUGUAACAUCCGCACGGGCAUCCUAAGUAACGACACCACCAUCCCCAAAGCCCUGCAGUGCAAGCUGGUGGCGGUGGGCAUCUUCCAGCUGCUCAGCUACAUGAACCUCAUCGUCUACGUCCUGCUGGCCCCCGUGGUCGUCUACGCCGCCGUGGCGCCCCUGCGGCAGCGCACCGACUUCCUUAAGCCCUACGAGAUGCUGCCCACCUUCAGCGUGCUGGAUGUGGCCGGCCGUUUCUACGACGACCUCAGCGUCUACCUGCUCUUCCUGCACGAGAACCUGAGCGAGCUCAAGUCCUACAAGUGCCUGAAGGUGCUGGAGCUGCUGAGGGAGAGCGGCGGCGGGGAGGAGGCCUUCGACACCAUGUGCCUGCUGCGUGCCCUGGGCCAGGUGAAGACGGACUCCGUGGACGGCCGGGCGCCCGCCGCGCUCAAGGGCAACAGCACAGGGACGGGGCCAGAGCGUGAGAGCAACGGCAUGGAAAUGAAAGAUCUUUCUUCCCAGUUACUGGAGGAUGGGUUGAAGAAGGACGGGCAGGAGAAGGCGGUGCGUCAGCGGGUGAUCUAACGGCCCUGUCUGCUGUAACAGUGCACUGUUGAGCCCCCUCACCAUUCACUCAUUUGCUCUAAUGGCACCAGGUGACAGCACCACGUGUGAUCAAACCUUAUGAAUGUCUUGUCUCAGGAUAGCACUGUGUGCCUUAAAGAGGAGCCAGUGGGGGUCCUGGGGUGGGAUAUGUGCCAUCUAUCCUUUAUUCAGCUGUGUUUUGGAAUCGCUAAAUAUACAUUAAACAUUCGACAACUUUGAAGCAAGACAGAUGCAGUCCUCUGAUACAUUCACACAUGGCCAAUGGCUGUUUCAUGUCAGAGUGAACCACAGUUGAGUGGGUGCUCAGUGAAGGAUUGGCACUGCUCCAGUGACCUCAUUUGUGCAGCUCACAGGUGCCUGACAAGAGGGCAGUGAGUUGUUGAAACCCUCGCUGAUGAACACACCCCUACCCCCAGCGGAACAAAUACAAUUCCUUCUGAUGCUGUUCUGAGCAUUGUGGGCAAAUGACAUGACCAGGAUC